GAAAGACUACAUGACCACCAGACGAGAUCUCUUUAUUCUAACGUCCUGCAUUACUGCAUUUGCUUGAUUUUCAGGUACAUGUUUCCGGUAUCUUCCCAUUUUAUUUCAUUGUUCUGCACAUUUGUCAAAUUGUGAUUAUCGGAAAUGUAUGAAUGCCUAUAACUAGUUUCUAAAAAUACUUCAGAAUUUGUUUCAUUUGCAAUUUGUUUCAGGAUUUUUUAAAAUAUAUAGUCAUGGAAAGUGAGGUUGACGACAGUACUUCCAUGGAAUCCGUUUGUAUAGACACUGAUGGUAUCAUUGAAGAAUUGACAAACACCAUCGGAGCAAAGCUUCUCAACCAUUCGCCAUUGCCAGCAUCCUGCUGCAUAUUCAGAGUUCCCCAUCAGAUUCGGCGACAAAAAAUACAGGCAUACGAACCUGAUAUCGUCUCAAUCGGGCCCUUUCACCGAGGCCGCGGUGGCGAUCAAUUCCAACUCAUGGAAAAGGUGAAGCGCUGGUACUUGCAGUGCCUUCUCGCAGACGCAAACAUAACUUUGGCAACCUUGAUCACAGGUGUCGUGGAUUUCAACAAGCGUGCUCGUGAUUGUUACGCAGAGCCAUUGGAUCAUUUCAACAAGAAAGACUUCGUUGAGAUGAUGGUAAUCGACGGAUGUUUCCUAAUCGAACUAUUUCGAAAAGGACUUUCCGUCGAUCAACAAGACGAGAACGACCCCGUUUUCAAUGUGUCCUGCAUGCUGCAAUAUCUUUACCAUGAUCUUCUCCUGCUAGAAAAUCAGCUGCCAUGGUUUGUUCUCGAGCGGUUAUACAAUUCAACCGCCAUGAAGAAUACUACUUCCGAAGGAAAUGCCUCCUCCCUCACCGACCUUGUCCUCAACUUCUUCAGACAAUCCGUGGCGGACGAUGGUAUUUUUAUUUUCAAACCGAGUCCGAAUCUCCCUCCCGAACCCCUGCACAUACUUGAUCUCAUAAGAACCGUGAUCGUUGUUCCUUUUGAAGAUUUAGGCUCCAAACGAAAAGAAGAGGGUGAAGACCAACAGCAGAGCAAGGAGAGAGAGCUGCCGCAGAGGGUUCCGAACGUGACAACUCUGUCCGAAGCCGGCAUUAAAUUCCAAAAAAGUUUCAAAACCCCGGACUGCAUAAUGAACAUAAAGUUUGGAAAUGGGGCGUUCACGAUUCCACCACUAGCAAUCGACGAGCGGACAGGGCCGCUCUUCAGGAACCUCAUCGCCUUCGAGCAAUGCUGCCACAGCCGCCUCCACAAGAUAACAUCUUACGCCGUCCUGAUGGAUAAUCUCAUCGAUUCGAGCAAGGACAUCGACCUUCUUUGCGAGGUGGGAAUACUGGUGAACUGGCUGAGCUCGGAAGACGCUGCGCAGUUCUUCAACGAGCUGUACAAAGACACGACGGUCAUCGGAUUUUACUACGAGGGACUUUGCAACGAUGUGAAUAAGUAUUACAAGACUGACUGGAACAAGUGGAUGGAAAAGCUGAGGCGCGAGCAUUUCGGUACGCCGUGGGCGAUUAUUUCUUUGGUCGCUGCGUUUAUUCUGCUGGUGCUCACAAUGUUGCAGACUGUAUAUGCAAUUCAUCAGUAUUAUCAUCCUCCUAAAUAGUUGUAUCAAUUUGUUAUUUGCCUUGA